AUGGCAUUACCGAUUGUGAAUGCCACAGCCGCAGUGCUUGCUCGUGUUACAUCUGCAUUCAACGCCCCUCUAGCCCGUGCGGUCGUCUUCGGGGUUCACAUUGAUGGACACUUGGUUGUGGAAGGGCUUCUUAUUGCAGUCAUACUGUUUCAGCUUUCCAGGAAGAGCUACAAACCACCAAAGAAGCCACUUAGUGAAAAGGAGAUUGAUGAGCUAUGUGAUGAAUGGGAGCUAGAACCUAUAUGUCCUUCAGUCAAGCAGAGGACCCGAAUAGACAUGCCAGCGUUGGAGAGUGCUGCUGGACCACAUACGACAAUUGAUGGGAAAGAAGUUGUGAACUUUGCAUCAGAUUCUUGUGUUGGUUCGCUGGAGAAAUAUGGUGUCGGAUCAUGUGGCCCACGUGGCUUUUAUGGAACAAUUGAUAUACACCUUGACUGUGAGGCAAAAAUAGCUACUUUCCUGGGAACUCCAGAUUCCAUUCUGUAUUCAUAUGGGAUUUCAACAAUAUUCAGUGUGAUACCUGCCUUUUGUAAGAAAGGAGACAUCAUAGUCGCUGAUGAGGGUGUUCACUGGGCAGUGCAAAAAGGUCUCCAUCUAUCAAGAAGUACGGUUGUUUAUUUUAAGCACAAUGAUAUGGCUUCACUCGCGAGCACUUUGGAAAAACUUACGCAUGGGAAUAGACAUACUGAAAAGAUGAGACGCUACAUUGUUGUAGAAUCUAUUUACCAGAAUUCUGGUCAAAUCGCUCCCUUGGAUGAGAUUGUCAAUUUGAAGGAGAAAUAUCGGUUCCGUGUUAUUCUUGAGGAGAGUCAUUCUUUUGGUGUGCUUGGCAAGUCUGGACGCGGCCUUGCUGAACAGUAUGGAGUUCCAGUUGACAAAAUUGAUAUCAUCACUGCUGGAAUGGGAAAUGCAUUAGCUACUGAUGGUGGCUUCUGCACAGGAAGUGUGAGGGUUGUUGAUCAUCAGCGUCUAAGCAGUGCUGGCUAUGUCUUCUCUGCCUCUUUGCCACCCUAUCUUGCCAGUGCUGCGGUCUCUGCUGUAAACUACCUGGAGGAGAACCCAUCAGUUCUUGCAAACCUAAGGAGCAACGUUGCUCUUCUGCAUAAAGAACUAUCAAAUACCCCAGGGCUCGAAAUUUCUAGCCAUGUUCUGUCGCCUAUCGUCUUCCUUAAACUGAAGAAAUCGACAGGUUCUCUGACCACCGACCUAGGUCUUCUUCAAACCAUUGCCGAGCAGGUAUUGAAGGAAGAUUCAGUUUUUAUUGUGGCAUCCAAGAGGUCAAAUUUAGACAGGUGCAAACUUCCUGUGGGAAUCCGCCUAUUCGUGUCAGCUGGUCAUAACGAAUCAGAUAUAUCCCGGGUGUGUUUAUCCUUGAAGAGGGUUUCAGCGUCUGUUCUUUCAGGUUACACAUGA